AUGGCCUUUGACCGUUACAUGGCCAUAUGUCACCCCCUCAGAUACAUGUCUGUGAUGACCGUGAGCCUUUGUUAUCAGGUCACAUUUGGUCUCUCGGUGUUUGCUGUUGGGAAUGCCAUCAUAGAAUGCCUCCUGAUAUUCAGCUUGCCCUAUUGUGGCUCUCAUCUUGUAGCUCACUUCUUCUGUGAUGUUCCUCCAAUGAUGAGUAUAGCCUGUUCCGAAACAUUAAUGGUUAAAGUCUACCAACUGAUUAUUAGUGUGACGGCGACCGUGAUCCCAACCAUGUUAAUAAUCUGCUCCUACAUCAAGAUCCUGACCUCCAUAUUCCUCCUCCACUCAGCAGAGUCCCGGUAUAAGGCCUUCUCCACCUGUGGUUCUCAUCUGGUCUCUGUAGUCAUUUUCUUCGGGACCGCCAUGUUUGUUCACCUUCGAUUAGACAAUCCAUUUUCUUCUUAUGAUGACAGGAUGUUGGCACUUUCCUACUGUGUCAUAAUCCCUACUAUCAAUCCCAUGAUCUACAGCCUGAAGAACAAGGAAAUGAAGACCGCCAUCAGGAAACUGUCACUAAAAUUAAUAUAUCUACAAGACUAA